UAUAGCUUUCUGACUAAAACAUUAUGCAUAUUGGCCUCAAAUAUAGGUUAACUUAUUCAAAUUUGAUUGGAUUUAAUUCAUUCAAUACUCGAGGCUGGUUUAAAUAUAUUAAAAAUUCGAGGCUGGAUUUAAUCUAUUAGAUAUUUGAUUUUAAUUUUGAUAAGAAUAGCAUUGUUUUUGAAAUAAAAGAUGUUAAAAAGUGUGAUACAUUUAUUUCGCAAAAGACCUCUUUUGAUGAAUAUGACAACAUUUGGGACAGCUUAUGUUUCAGCUUCGUUUUCGAAUCAGCUCAUUAAGAAACAUCUUCUCCCCGAUAAAAAAGAUAUAGACUUCCGAAACGUUGUUAAUCAUGGUAUCAUAGGAUAUUGUAUCAUGGGACCUGUCCUCUACGGUUGGUUUCGAUUUUUCAACAAAAUUUUGCCUGCCGUGUCGAAAAGAAAUAUCAUAUUCAAAGUGUUAGUAGAUCUCGCAGUGUGUACACCAGGGACUAUUUCCAUCUAUUUUACAAGUAUGAGUAUAUUAGAAGGCAGAGAAGAUAUCUUUGCUGAACUUAAACACAGAUUCUCAAAAGUAAUGACAUGUAACAUCUGUUUUUGGGUACCAGCACAAGCCAUUAGCUACCGUUUUAUACCACCGUAUUUUCGAGUGGGUUUUAUUGGAUUUGCAUUGUUUAUAUGGAUAAACAUAAUAUGUGUCAUUAGAAGUCAAGAGAUUCCAAUUCGGAAGAAAGUUGAGAUCCCUGCCGUGUUUGGAUGGUGUGCUGUUACUUGCAGUCCUAGUUCAGAAGUUGAAGGUCAUAAAAAACAGCGAGAACUUCUCACUUUGUGGGAAGUAUAAUGAAAGUGCAGUUAUAAGUAAUGGCAGAGUAGGUGUAAUGAAAAUAUUUUCAUGAUGAUUCUCAGGUAUAAUGAAAAGUAAUGACAGAGUAGAUGUAGUGAAAACAUUUUCAUUAUUCCUCCUCAGGUACAAUGAUAAGUAAUGACAGAGUAGGUGUAAUAAAAAUAUUUUCAUGAUGAUUCUCAGGUGAAAACAUUUUCAUUAUAUUUCCUCAGGUACAAUGAUAAGUAAUGACAGAGUAGGUGUAAUGAAAAUAUUUUCAUAAUGAUUCCUUAGGUAAUGACAGAGUAGAUGUAAUAACAGAGUAUAAGUAAUGACAGAGUAGAUGUAGUGAAAACAUUUUCAUUAUACUUCCUCAGGUACAAUGAUAAUGGCAGAGUAGGUGUUAGGAAAACUUUUUUAUUAUACUUCCUCAAGUAUAAUGAUAAGUAAUGGAAGAGUAGGUGUAUUGAAAAUAUUUCAUUAUACUUUCUCAGGUAUAAUAAUAAGUAAUAGCCGAGUAGUAUUAAUGAAAAUAUUUCCAUUAUACUUCCUCGUGCAUAAUGAAUGAUAAGUAAUGGCAGAGUAGGUGUAAGGCAAACAUUUUCAUUAUACUUCUUCAGGUAUAAUGAUAAGUAAUGGUAUAGUAGAUGUAAUGACAGUCAUCACACCUACUUAUUAACGGUCAUUUUAUAUUUUAAGAAACAGUUUAAUAUAUUCCUUAUAACUUAUAUAUUAUAUAUAAGUGCAACGACUUCUUUAACCAAGUUUGAUAUGAAAUUAGUUUACUACUAGAUUUAUCUCUUUUUCAGGGCUCAAACAGCCCUGUUUUAUAGCACUAGGUUUGAUGAAGGUGUAAGAGCUUUUCGUAAACAAACACAGCUUAAUUUAUUAUAGUUUGCAGCUUAAUAACGCACCUUUAAUUUCGUUUUUAAUAAUUUAUUUUGUCAGUUUUUAUAACUUGCAGAUACGGUUUGCAAAAUUAUAGCAGAGCGAAAUUGUUAGUGUGAAACCAAAUUAUAUAUUUUUAAAUUUUUCUGGAGCAUUAGAACAAGGUUAAGAAUUGAACUAAAACAAUAAUUUGUAAUAAAUUGUUUAUUGUGAAGCCAAAUUAUAUAUUGCUAAAUUUUUCUAGAGCAAUUGAACAAGGUUAAGUGUUGAACUAAAGCAACAAUUUAUAAUAAAUUGUUUAUUGCGAAACCAAAUUAUGUAUUUUUAAAUUUUUUCUGGAGCAAUAGAACAAAGUUAAGAGUUGAACCAAAGCAAUAAUUUGUUGUAAAUUGUUUAUUGUGAAACCAAAUUAUAUAUUGUAAAAUUUUUCUGGAGCAAUAGAACAAGGUUAACAGUUUAACUAAAACAAUAAUUUGUAAUAAAUUGUGUAUUAUGUGUUUUAUCCAUUAUCAGGGAUGCCACAGAUGGCUAAAAAUGUAAAAAGUGGUAGCAACUCAAUCCAUUUUUAGUUAUUUAUUAUCUCUUCAAUUAUUCAAUCGUAAAUGCCACCAUGAGUUAUAUUUCAAACUAUACAUAAUUAAACUUAAAACAUACCUUAUAUGCGUUUUCAAUAGUAAACUGAAAAUACAUACUAUUAAAAGUCGCUAAUUUUAUCUCUUUUAAUAAGACUUUAAUUUUAUUAGUCACCACUUUUUGCAUUUGUAAUCGCCUAUGGCCAACCCUGCAUUAUGUAUUUCUCCCAAUAAGAUUUCAUUUUUUAAUUGGGAUUAGUAAAUAGCGUAAAUGCAUAAAAUAUUUGU